UUCUUCUCCCCUCCGCUCGCCCGCUCCGUUCGACGUCGCCGGCGAGCCGCCGCCGCCGCCGGAGAGAAAUAAGAGGGGCCGCGACCGGUCAGGGCGGGGCGCAUGGAGGCGAGGAGGGUUGUUGUGGUGGUGGGCGGCGGCGCCGGGGCGGGCCGGCUCAACCCGGACGCGAGGGAGUUCGUGCCGUGGUGGCGCCGCCGCCACGACGCCGGGACCUCGAAGCUCUCCGCCGACGCGCCGGAGUUCGUGUACGAAGGCUGGUUCUGCUGGCGAUCAGGCGGCGAUGAUCUCACCGCCGCCGCCGCCGCCGCCGCCGAGGACGGCGACGGCGCGGCGCCGGAUCGUCAUCAGCUCGUCGUCUCGGAGCGCCUCCUCAACCCGGACGCGCCGGAGUUCACGUUCACCCCGAUCCGCCGGAGAACACCCCCCUCCGCCGCCGCCGCCGGGAAUGGCAUCAUCUCCUCCUCCAUCCGCUCCUGGAGUAGGAGGGAUGGUAGAAACUCGCGACAAGGAAAGGCUCCGUUUUCUUCCCGGGUUCGAAGGGCCCAGAAGGAAGAGUUUGUGAGAAGAACAAUUUUUGUAACCGAUAUUGACCAUACUGUUACUGAGGACAUGCUGGCUGAACUGUUUGGGAGCUAUUGCAGCGCCGUGGUGGCGGAUUGUCGCAUCUGUGGAGACCCCACAUCUGGGCUUAGGUUUGCAUUCAUUGAAUUUCAAGAUGAGGAUGAUGCAUAUGCUGCAUUGGACCUUGAUGGCUAUGUUCUGGGCAUUUGCCCUCUUAGGGUUGCACCAUCCAAGACUGCAAUCAUGCCUGUGAACCCUUCUUUUCUCCCUCAGUCUGACGCUGAGAGGGAGAUGUGCUCAAGAACAAUCUAUUGCACGAACAUCGACAAGAGUGUCACUAAAUCAGAUUUGAAGUACUUCUGCGAGGAGUAUUUUGGUCAGGUUUCCCGCAUAAGGCUUCUAGGUGAUGAUCAACACGCCACUCGCAUAGCUUUUAUUGAGUUUGCUGAGGUUAAUGGUGCUAUUAACGCCCUGAACUCCAGUGGCAUAUUUGCAAGUGGCCAGCCUAUCAGGAUGUGCCCUUCAAAGACGCCGAUCAGGACUGAUCAUCUCCCUCGCCGUCCAAUCGUCUGAGACAUCGCAAUGCCGGCCAGAAUCCAGAGAUAUGAUCUGCUCAUCUGUUGAUCCUGCCAUGCAGUAGACAUAUGGCAGCUUCAGCUAGUGUGUAGUUUUUUUUUUUCCUAUUGAGUUUCUUCCUCAAAGAACCUUCAUUCUGUGACCUGCCUGCAGACAGCAGAGAGCUGAAUCUGAUAGACUAAAUUCUUACUUGUCCAUGGUCAUGUAUGUCAGGUUUGCUUGGUUGUAGUGUACCUGAGACUUUAGCCAUUGUCCAGACUCCAGAGAGUCGUGUUUCUGCAUCAGUUUGCUUACUGGUCUCUUAAAUUCAUAGCUUGGCAUCCAGUGGUUUCACCAGAACAGAUUGUUCCCGAAAAUUAUAGUGAAAUUUAUAGCUGAAUUUUGAAAGU